UUUCAGUCUCUGAUAGCCAACUCUCGGGAGCAGACCGAUCAGCGCUUUUCGGGCCAUUUUGCCAAGCCAAAACAGCAGAAAAACCAAAAUAUCAAGUAGCCAAGUGAAAAGCAAAGCAAACCAACCAACCUAAAGCCAAAACAACCAAGACAAUCGGGCACAGUUUCCGUGUUUCGUUUCGUUUUUUAUUUUGUGGGCCCAACAAGCAAGAGCCCCACGAAAAGAAAAAAAACUGCAAAAGUCAAAACAAAUCAGUGCAGCAGCCGCCAAUUGCAUCCCAUAUUGCUCUCCGGCGAAUGUGUGUGUCGCCGUGCUUUCGUGUGUGUGUGCGAGAAAACUGAGAGAAAAGUGAAACGACCGGCAGCGAAAGCGCGAAAAAAAAACAAAAUAAAAAUCAAAAUUAAAACACAAAUACGAAAAACAAAUACUUUUAGAAAAACCAAUAAUUCACCCGAAGGAAGUUGAAGCUGCGAGCUGACAUUAAAAGCGUUCAAAAUUGGAUUAUGCUUGGGCACAAACGCAACUGCCACGCCAUUCAGACGCCCAGCGACGCCGAGCAUGUGAAGUUAAAGCCGCACUUUCCACCGCCCCAGUGGCUCCUGCACCGCGUCACCUUCUCCCUGGAGCUCUACCACAAAAACAUCAUCAAAAAACUGCCCAGUUUCGGUAAAUUCCACGUUUUCCGGCUCACCAAGAACGUUUGCCAGACUUAAGUCAUUUAACCCCACACACACACAUAACCCGAUAACCCCAAAACGAAAACAAACUCCAAAAUAAAAAGAAAGACAAAGUGCGUUUAAAUUCAAGGAAAAAGUGAAUAUAGU